UGUUCACUUACUGGCUGCAAAAACAUGGAUAACGUAACUGAAGGAACGUGGGAUUCUUUACCUCAAAAGUUAAAUGAAAAUAUUCUCCAAACGCUCAGGGACUUGGACUUCACCCAUAUGACUCCAGUUCAGUCAGCAACAAUUCCUCUUUUUAUGAAGAACAAAGACAUUGCUGCAGAAGCGAUAACUGGAAGUGGCAAAACUCUGGCAUUUGUAAUUCCACUUUUGGAAAUUCUUCUGAAAAGAGAACAGAAAUUAAAGAAAAGUCAGGUUGGAGCGAUAAUCAUUACCCCAACCCGUGAGCUUGCUGUUCAGAUUGACGAGGUGAUCUCUUAUUUCACUAAACAUUUCCCACAGUUUAGCCAGAUUCUGCUUAUCGGGGGGAGUAAUCCAGUUGAAGAUGUGCAGAAGUUUAAGGAGAAAGGAGGAAACAUUAUUGUGGCCACGCCUGGGCGACUGGAAGACAUGUUCAGAAGACAGGCUGAUGGGCUGGAUUUGGUUACUUGUGUGAAAACCUUGGAAGUCCUUAUUUUGGAUGAAGCAGAUAGACUUCUAGACAUGGGAUUUGAAGCAAGUUUAAACACCAUCCUUGGAUACUUGCCAAAACAGAGGAGAACUGGACUGUUCUCAGCCACGCAGACUCAGGAGCUAGAGAAUCUGGUGAGAGCCGGCUUGCGGAAUCCCGUCCGUAUUACUGUAAAGGAAAAAGGUGUUGCCGCAACAAACACCCAGAAGACCCCAACACGCCUCCAGAAUUGUUAUAUGAUCUGCAAAUCACAUGAAAAAUUCAACUAUCUGGUGAGCUUCCUGCGGCAGAGAAAGCAGGAAAAACACCUAGUGUUUUUCAGUACCUGCGCCUGUGUGGAGUACUAUGGGAAGGCCCUAGAAGCAAUGAUAAAGAAUGUAAAGGUGAUGUCUCUUCAUGGAAAAAUGAAACACAAGCGCAACCGAAUAUUUGCUGAGUUUAGGAAGUUGGACAGUGGUAUUUUAGUAUGCACUGAUGUGAUGGCUCGCGGUAUUGACAUCCCUGAAGUAAACUGGGUACUGCAGUAUGAUCCACCCAGCAGUGCAAGUGCCUUUGUUCACCGCUGUGGACGUACAGCCCGGAUUGGUCAUCAUGGCAGUGCUCUUGUGUUUUUGCUUCCCAUGGAAGAAUCAUAUGUUGAAUUUCUUUCAAUAAAUCAAAAGUGCCCACUGCAGGAAAUGACAGAGCUGACCUUUUCUCAGGACCAUCUACCUAAACUGAAGUCCCUGGCAGCAUCAGACCGGGCCAUGUUUGAUAAAGGAAUGAAAGCCUUUGUGUCUUUUGUCCAGGCUUAUGCCAAGCACGAGUGCAAUUUAAUCUUCCGGGUAAAAGAUUUGGAUUUCUCCUCUCUUGCCCGUGGCUUUGGUCUUCUAAAAAUGCCCAGAAUGCCAGAGCUACGAGGGAAAGACUUUUCAGAUUUUGUCCCUGCCCCUAUCGAUACGAACUCCAUCCCUUACAAAGACAAGAACCGAGAAAAACAAAGGCAGAAGAUGCUGCAGGAAAGGAGGAAGGUGGUUGGCGAGACUAGGAGAAGUUUUGUAAAAAACAAAUCCUGGUCCAAACAGAAAGCUAAAAAGGACAAGAGAAAGAAAACCGCACUGAAAAGGAAAAAUCAAGAGGGAUCGGAUAUAGAUGAUGAGGAUGUGAAUGAACUGCUCCACGACACCAGAUUAUUAAAGCGGCUGAAGAAGGGUAAAAUCACAAAAGAAGAGUUUGAAAAGGAGUUCUCCACCUCAGCUAAAAAGACUUUAGAAGAUGAACCUUCUGACUGAAUGUAUUCACCUGAACUCAUUGUGAUCAGUCACUUUGAGGUGUUUGGCUAUUGGGAAAUGUGAAAAGGACAUCUGUGACUCUUUAAAUGUUGGAAUUCACAGGAGUCUAAAUGUGUUCCUGACAUUUUUGGAUAAAGUAGAGAACUGUGAUCCAUGCCAACCUAAUCACUUCCUAUGUAAAGUAAAUAUUUUUGCAAUCAAUUUUUGUGAUUUUAAAUGUUGGAUUGGAAAAAUAACAUUCCCAUGCAUAUCUUUUUGAAUCCUCUUAUUGUACAUAAACCAGAUUUAUUUAUUGGUAUUAUGGUGAACAUGAUUUUAAAUACCAUCACAAACUUUUUACUUUGCUCUUCAUGUGAAAAGUUCUCUAAUCUC